AUGUCGGAGCUCACCUUUUGCAAAACGUUCCUCACCGCGCUCGAUGCGCGCCCCGUCAAGCUCUCCUCCGACCACAUCGCCGACGCCCGACAGUAUCCAGAUGACUACUUCGAACGAUGCGUCAACUUCCGCGACAAUCUCCCUCACCCUCAAGCCCAUGAAGCCAACCCACCCCACCGUCCCCCUCCCUCCAUCACCGCCUCCUCGACCUCGAUAUACGACCUCAAAUCCGCAUACUCUACCAAAACCAGCAUCCCCGCCGCAAAGAUCAAAAUUCUCUACAGGAAGAAGCCUGUGACAGAUAGCAAGACGGUCGCGGAGGUGCUCGGCAGCGAUGCAGGCAGCGAAGUCGAGUUUGGGGUGAUGGUGUUGGGCGGUGCUGUGGCGACGCCGGUGCAGAGUCCGCCUGCGGCGGCACCAGGGGAGGAGGAGAAGGGAUUGGCGAGUGGCGCUGCGCAAGACGAAAGUAAGGCAGAAGCGCCUGCGGCGCAGGGCCCUAGUGGGAAGGAAGUUGUGAAUGAAAGUUUCUGGGAGGAAUUGAGGGGUUUUGUGGUGCAAAGGAUACGGGAUGAGAAGGAGGGGGAGAGGUUGGUUGGAGUAUUCAAAAGCGCUUGGGAGAAGGAGCAGUAA